AUCCAGUGAUCUUACCCGUCAGGAACAGCAACAAUGGACAGCCCAGCAUCCCUCUACUUCUACUCUGAACUUGCCGCCCCUCACGAGCCCGCUCGCCUCCCCCCUCUUGAAAUAUGUCCUGGGACUCCAAGUCUGUCUCCAGGCGGCGCCAUAACAGCUCCGUGAGCUCAACCCGGCCGCUACCCGCCCACUCCAGACAACUAUCGAAGCUCCCUCCGCGCCCGCCGAGGUCCUCCCACGUCACCGAUCCGUUCCUCCAGAGCUUCCUCGCCCCGUCUUUCGACCCCGCCGAAUACCUCAAUGCCUCCCUGCCGUCGCUCCAGACCUCGACGCCGGCCUCCUCGAUAGCCAGGGAGCGCGACGGCGCGUCUCCCCUGGCGGACCUGUCGGUCCAGGCCCAGACCCAGCUCUCCCAGCUGAACGCCCACGCCGUGCGACUGACCAGCACCCUCACCCAGCUGACCGACGACAUACUGCGGAGCGGGAGCCGGCUCGCGUACGAGGUCGAACUCCUCCGCGGCGAGACGCUAAGUCUCUCGGAGGCCCUGUCGGACGGCCUGCACAAGGAAAUCGCACUGUUCGUCCCGGGCGGCGUGCCGGAGCCGAUGGAGGGCAAGGCGAGCGGGGGGGUCCCGCCGACCCCGCGGCUUGCACCCGCGGACCCGACCACUCCAGGCUUGGAACCGGCGCCGCGAGACGGUGACAGCCAAGACCCGCCUUAUAUCGGGCAGCUGCAGACGCUGACGCUGGUGCGGGCGCGGCUGGACUCGGUCGUCAAGACAUUCGGCGACGCGAUGGAGUUCGUGUUCCCGCCCUCGGAGCUCUCAGUCAGCUCGUCGUUCCUGUCGGUCUCGGCGCCGGAGCCCGGGGCGCACGCGCACAGCACGGAGGAGAAGGGCCAGCAGGUGCUGCGGCAGCUGCGGGAGGAGAUCGCCGGCCUGCUCGCCAAGGGCGCCGACCCGGUCGCGGGCAUCGAGAAGGCGGCGCACCGCAUCGAGGAGCUUAAAGAGCUGUCCAAGGUGUGGAAGGGCACGGCGGAGGAGAAGGGGAGGACCAAGUUCAUCGACAGCUUGGCCAAGAUGGUCGAAGACAGGCACAAGGAGCUGUUGCGCGAGGUGGAGCAGGCUAGUCGCCGCGACGGCAAGGCAGAUUCGGAGAGCAGUGCUCGGAAGCCCGCCGCCAGCUCUGAUGGGGGAGGAGGUGCGGAGAACAAGCCGCUCUAUGGCAUAAUGAGCCAGUUGCAGAGACUCCGGGCAGGCCUCCAAUAAUUUGGAAAUGACUCCGGCCUUUCUGCCUGGACGCUGUCGACGAAUGAUUUGUCACCCUAGCCAGGUGCGUCUAUAGAGUUGUCGGAAUUUGUGUCGGCUGGAACCCCUAGUGACUCGUAUACGACCAGAACAUGCAGCCGGGGUAGUAGCCUCUUAGCGAGGCUUGCUCGUGACUUUCUACCCGGGCACCCGGGAGGCCUCUUCGUUCUGAUAUUGUAGGUAGGUAAUGCGCCCGCGUCGCACCG